AUGGCCGAGCUCCCGUCAAAGGUGCACCUCACCUCGCACCCCAUCUGCCUGAGGAUCCGUGGGCCCUCCGUGUAUGAGGACGAGAAGCAGCGCACAUGGCUGUACCUCCUCAUGGACACAGGGGGUGUCCUGCAAGUACGGUUGUGCCAGGAAGACAUCCCCAGUGGUCAUAUUGCAGUCACCAAAAGCCUGCUCACCUUGAGCAUCAUGCCAUUGAUGUGGACGCUCCACCCUGGAGGCCAGUAUGUAGACCACAUGUGCCGGAUCUGGAGCAUCGUUCACCACGUCAAGGAGAAUGGCGUGGAGGAAAUGAUCCUUGAGCUGGUGGAAGACUCCUGGACAUGUGAUGGGGUCCAUGGCUCUUGUCAACCUGAGCCCAAGUCCUGCUGA